AUGGUCUACAACCCCAGAAUCGCCGGACAGCUUAACCGCCGAUCAAACUGGGAACUAUCGGAUGUGUCCAUGGAGGGAAACAAACCUGGGGUCACCGGAUUGGAUUUCGGCUUCUUCUUCUUCUUGGGGUGGUCCAUUUUGGAACCUCCACUAGUGUUGGACUUGUCAGUAGACGACAAAACGAAACGGAAGAAAACAAGACGUUGUGGCUAA